AGCAAAGGUGUUUUCAGCGUUUUUCUGUCCGUGCUUUCUCGAUCGCCUUUUUCGAUCGGUGCGUGUUAUCUUCUUCCGCCUUUCGUCUUACAGCUGGUGUGACUCGCUUCGCUUUGCCUUCACAAUGCUGCAGACAGCCACGAACAGCUACGCGCUCCCCCUCAGCGGCGGUCGUGCGGCACCGCACCACGGCUACUCCUUGUCGUCGCUGGCUCGCAAGCGGGUGAUGGAGAACACGUCUGCGUUGGCAAUCACCGUCGGCUUUCUGCUCCCCGCGCUGAACGACGUGAACAGGCAGUUAGACAAGCAUGUCGACGCCGGCACGGACGUGACGUUCGAGGAGCUCGUGCAGAUCUUUGCCGCCUCUGGCAAGCGGGCCGCCGUGAUGUACGCGGAUCGCCUGGCGCGUAUUGCCUGCCAGACCGGCCUCGCCUGCGCCUUUAUUGAGAGCAAAUCGGAAUACGGCAACACGGCCGUUUAUUUGUGGGACCUCUACCCCCGUCUGCACCAGCGCUACGUCGGCGCGGUCCUCAGCUCGUUGCGAGUGCCGGCCUUCGUCAGCAGUCUUCUCGGGCCGCGCCCCGCCACGUCGGACGUCGCCUUCUUGGAAACGCGCGUAUCUGGUGUGUGCGCAUUCGAGGACAGCCUCCGCCGCGACGUCAUUACGCUGUUCGGCGACAUCACGAUGGACACCGUCCGCAUUGCUAUUCGCAGGGACGUCGAGCGUCCGCUGGAUGCAAUCGCGAAGCAGGUGGCGCUGCGCGUGACCGUCACGCUGACAGGUGCCGUCGGUGCAGGCGUAGGCCGCGCCGUCGGUGGGGAGCGCGGAGAGUACUGGGGCAACAUCGCAGGCGUGCUGACCGGGCCGCAUGGUGGCCGUGCAGGUGAUGGGCGCGAUGCGUAA